AUGCGUUUCACCUCCAUCAUCGUCACCGGCGCUCUCGCCAUCCUGGCCUCUGCCCAGUCGACCACCAGCACCGCUGCCUCCGCUGCCUCUUCCGAGCAGGCUGCCAUCGCCGACUGCCUCAAGUCCUGCCCUGCCACCGACGUCGGCUGCCAGUCCAAGUGCAUUUCGGUCCCCAACCCCAACGAGAGCCAGGUCAACCAGACCACCGCUUGUGUCGCUGCAUGCCCCCAGGGUGACGGUUCCCCCGAGCAGACUCAGAAGUACGCCGACUGCUCCCAGAAGUGCAUCAGCGAGUACUUCUUCAGCAGCGGCGGCACCCCUGCCGCCACCGGCGGCUCGGGCUCCGGCUCGGGCUCAGGCUCGGGCUCGGGCUCCGGCGGCUCUGCUGCCUCUGCCACCGGCUCCGUUGCUGCCGCCACUGGCUCUGCUUCCCGCACGGCCAGCGCCACCGGUGCCUCCGGUACCGAGGCUGCCGCCAGCGGAAGCUCUUCUCCCAACGCUGCUCCCAACGCUGCCCCUGCCCUCAUUGGCUCUGCCUCGUUCGGAGUUGUCGGUAUUAUCGGCGCUCUCCUUCUUUAA